CGCACCGGAAGCUGUCAAACAGACAGCCGAGCAGCCCCCGUUUGACAGUUCUUGUUUCCUGCGCUCUCUUUUCGUUUGUGACUGAAUCGACGAGAACAUCAAAAUGGUCAACGUACCCAAGCAGCGUCGUACCUACUGCAAGAAGUGCAAGGUGCACCGCGUCCACAAGGUCACGCAGUACAAGAAGUCCAAGGAACGUCAAGCUUCGCAGGGUCGUCGCCGUUACGAUCGUAAACAGAAGGGUUUCGGAGGGCAAACCAAGCCCAUCUUCAGAAAGAAGGCCAAGACCACGAAGAAAAUCGUGCUGCGUAUGGAAUGCGUCGACUGCAAGUACCGCAAGCAGACCCCGCUGAAGCGCUGUAAGCACUUCGAACUGGGAGGCGACAAGAAGCGAAAGGGACAGAUGAUUCAGUUCUAAGCUGCUCGUGUAUUUCCAAUCUUUAAGGAACUCAUGUAAAAUAAACCCGCUGAAUACAAAAGUGGGCUGAAAAGCCAACUGAAGGAACCCGGAUUCCAGGUUUCGGAAGUGACCAAAAAAAAAAAA